UUAAUUCCAUUUAAUUUAAUUUCCCCUAUGAAUUUGAAUCAAUCCCAUAAUAAAAAUAUAUACAACACAAUCACUUUUUUAACAAGAAUCAUCAUCAGUAUUUGUGGUUGUAGUAUUAAAUUCAUGUAUUGAAAUUACAACUGCAGUUAUUACGUCAUCUUUUUGUUAUCUAAUUGAGGGAUUUAGGGUCUUAAAUUUGUUUGAAAUUUGGUUACGAUCGGUGACAUGAGGAUCGUUGAUUUAGAAGAUUCCGAUUCAGAUUUUGAUCAUCGCCGCCAGAUCGUGGCCGUUGAUGCUAAGCGAGUGUUAGUCGGUGCCGGAGCUCGGAUUCUCUUUUAUCCGACGCUUUUGUAUAAUGUUGUCCGUAACAAAAUUCAAUCUGAAUUCAGAUGGUGGGAUCAGGUUGAUCAGUUUCUUCUGCUUGGUGCUGUUCCAUUCCCAAAAGACGUGCCCCGAUUGAAACAGCUUGAUGUUGGUGGUGUGAUCACUCUUAAUGAGCCAUAUGAAACUCUGGUUCCGACAUCUUUGUAUCGUGAUUUUGGCAUAGACCAUCUUGUUAUUCCUACCAGAGAUUACCUAUUUGCACCAUCAUUUGUGGAUAUUGAUCGUGCUGUAAAUUUUAUUCACAAGAAUGCAACCCGUGGUAGAACCACAUAUGUGCACUGUAAAGCUGGGAGAGGGAGAAGCACAACGAUUGUUCUUUGUUAUUUGGUUGAAUACAAGCAUAUGACCCCAGCUUCUGCUUUGGAAUAUGUUCGUUCUAGACGGCCUAGAGUGCUCUUGGCACCAUCUCAAUGGAAGGCGGUUCAAGAAUACAAGCAAUGGCGGACAAGGUCAACAACAUCAUCCUCUUCAGGGGAUGCUGUGCUCAUAACAAAAGCUGAUUUGGAAGGAUACCAUAGCCCAUCACAAGGCAAAGAAUUGGCGCUGGUUCCAAGGGUCACAAGAACGAGUCCCAUGAUAGCAAAACUUUCAUGCCUCUUUGCAUCUCUCAAAGUUUCAAGUGUCUCCAGUCCAGUCAGUUUGAAACUUACGGAGACACCUGCCUGUUAGUUUUUAGUAGCCUUGGAGCAUCAAGGAAACGGUUUGGUCCAUGACUCCUUGUUAAAACAGGAGAUGAGAAAUAAUAAUUGGAAGAAAAGUCUGCAUAUAUACGCAUUUUAUCAACGCUACUGCUUUUUGUACAUAUUUUGUUUCUGGGUCGUUUUAAAAUUUAAUUUCUGUUUGUAAUGA